UCCAGCUGUUAUUGACAGUUUUGAUAGCAGUAAAAAUAUACGGUAAUGCAUCCAGAGACUACUUCAAAAGAAACGAAUAUAAACUUAAGACCGCUCUCUUCUUCGUUUACAUCAGCAAUAUCAUUAGAUCUCCCCUCAGUGGAUUCAGAAGGACCUAGCAAAUCCGGAACCUAUACUACUUCCUCCUCCAAACCAGAAUUGGAUGCUCAAUCGGCACCAAAACAUGUUUCCAGUACUGGCAACUCUUCAAGAUCAAAAGAACUUGACAAUGGGUCUCCAGUUCCCUCUUCGACAUCUCCAGCUUCUCAGGUAACCCAUGAAUCAUCGGUAUAUGAUUUGCCAUCAACACAAUCCCCUCCACUCCAAGUGAUGGACCGUUCAGGAGGAUAUGAUCCUCUUAGAAUCCCAUCAACUGUGUUUGAAAGAAAAUCCUCAACACCCCUGGAUUGGAGUGCUGCUUCUAAUGAGUCGCUGUUUAGCCUUCACAUAGGCAAUAACAGUUUCUCAAAAGACCAUGUUUUUAUGUUGGGAGGAGAAGUGUUGAAGUCUGGAGAACUUUCCAAGUCAGGUGAAUUUGUUACGUUUAGCCCAAUAUCUCCUGCUCCAGUGGAGGAAACUGAGGGAAAGAGUCUAGAAUUGGAGAAGAGUGAAGAAAUUGGAGAGUCAGAUGACAGCAUCAAGGUUUCAACAAUAGAUACCGCAGUAGAUCAAAGUAUGGAAAAGGGACCACCUGCCAAAGGAGCGCGGAGUUCUUUUAAUUUCUCCACCCAUUCAAAUGAGAGUGCUCGCUCAUUUGCUUUUCCAAUAGUGGAGAACAACAACAACGAAAGUGCAGGUGUAGCUUCUCCUUGUUGCAGAUCGUGUAGAGGGAAGAGGUGUGCAUGGCCAUCGUGCUACAGUUCUGAUUGUAGCUGCACGUUCUGCUACUGUUCAUUGCCAAGCUGCUACUUAUUGUGGCCAAGCUGCUACUGUUCUGACUGUAGCUGGGCGUUCUGCUACUGUUGGAACUGUAGCCUAAAAAAGAUGGUGCUGUCACUCUUCCAUUCCUACCACUUUAACAGAGGGACCAGGAGGCAGUUCUGCUAAACCAGAGGUUGAGAAGAACCCAAACAAGCAGCUGGCUGAUAAAAUAGCUUCAACAUCUUCUGCCUGCUGCUGUGUCACUUGCUCCUCUUGUCAUCCAUGUUGCUUCAGUUCUCGUUUUUUGCAUUGCUGUUGAAAGAGUAUGUGCAACUGAAUCCUUAAACCUCCUUCUCCUUCUGCCUGUUGAAAAUGCCAAUCUGAACCUCUCUUUAGCCUUACCAAUCACCACAUGUUGAGCCUAAGUGCAAGGGCUCACACGUAGAAUUGAUCGUUUAUCUCAAAUAAAUCAAAGCAAGACAAUUGGAAUGUAGCAGUUAGUGGUUUAUAGGUUGGCUGUUUUUGGUGCACAGAUGAACUUAAUUUUAUUUCAUGGGAAUAAUCUUCCAUGCGAUGUUGGGGUUUUGAAUUUUCGCAGGACAAAAGUAUGUACAGAUGAAUCUUCCUUUUGGUGAUGUAAAUUAGUCUUUAAUUUACUGAUGAUGAAUCAGUCAUUUUGCGCUGUUAACGAUGGUAAGAUGUUAAUGAUCAGAUUAAUCAUGUAAAUACA